CCCAGCACCAGCCACACCAGAAAUGUUCAAAGUAUAUGAGAUGACCCUAUGAGAUUCAGAUUAUUACCGCCGUCCAUCAGAAGUCCGGUCUUCGAUCACAGAGUAGCUUUCCUUCGAUUCUUCACAAUGUCUGCGCCUGCUGCGUCUCCCAUCAGCAUCGCCUUGGCCGCAAAGGCCCCGGCUGCCACGGUUCCCACUCCAGCAGCUGAAGCUCCCAAGCCGAAACAGCUGCCCAAGAAGAUCAAGCGCAAGUUCAAGGCAAAGGAAGUCAAGCCUGGAAGCUCCGAGGAAAUCUUGGUGCACGAUGUCCAGAGUCUGCUGAAGGAUGUCCCCGCCGACGUCGCACAACCAACUGAAUUCGAGAGAUUCCAAGAGGUGGAGCUGACCAUUGCCGACCUGAGCUCGACAGGUGACGGUCUCGCCGCGACUGCCGCAAAAGACCACGUCGUCGUAGUCCCAUUCUGUCUUCCCGGCGAAGUCGUCAAAGCCCGCAUCCACACCAUCUUCCCCCAGUAUUCCCUCGCAGACCUCGUCCAAGUCAUCACAAAAUCACCACAACGCCACGACGAACUCAUCGGUUGCAAGUACUACGGCAAAUGCGGAGGAUGCCAGUUCCAGACCCUAACCUACGAAGACCAACUCAUCCACAAAAAACGUGUCGUCGAGAAGGCUUUCGCAAACUUCUCCGGGCUCCCCGCUGAGACGUUCCCCCCUAUCAUCGACACCUGCCCUUCACCACUCCAGUACCGCUACCGCACAAAGAUCACGCCCCAUUUCGACACCCCGAGAGCCGGGUUUCCGGAUGGUGUGUUCCCCCAGAUUGGGUUCAUGGAGAAGGGGAGAAGGAGAACGAUGGAUAUCGAGGAAUGCCCGAUUGCGACAGAGAAGUUGAAUGAGGAACUAGUUGCCGCGAGGAGGAAGGUGUAUGAGAAUGUCAAGACCUACAAGAAGGGCGCUACCCUCCUUCUCCGUGAAUCAACCACCCGUACCCCUUCUGGCGAGACCAUCACCACAACCGCAACCUCCAGUACCGAAGCUACGAGGAUCGAUGAGGUAGAGCCAGGAUCCGACCCCAAAGCCGUGGCUACCGCUGUCGUGGAAGAGAAGCUCGCCUUGACAGACUCUAAACAAAUCUGCAUCGAAUACGUCGACGAAUUCCGCUUCGAAACCCCCGCUGGCUCCUUCUUCCAAAACAAUAACGCCAUCCUCCCCGCCUUCACAGGCUACGUCCGCGAUAACCUCCGCACGAACCUCCCUCCCAACUCCGACGAUGUCAAACACUUGGUCGACGCGUAUUGCGGGAGUGGGUUGUUUGCUGUUACGUGUCACGAGGGGUUCGAGAGCGUCGUCGGUGUCGAGAUCUCGAGUCAGGCGAUUGAGUGGGCGAAGAAGAAUGCUGCCUCUAACGGACUUACCAACACUCAUUUCCGCGCCGCGACGGCGUCGCAUAUAUUCGAGGACGUGCGCUCUCCACCACUCCAGACCGCGAUCAUCAUCGACCCUCCCCGCUCCGGUUGCGACCAUGACUUCUUGAACCAGCUCUUGACGUUCGGCCCGAGGAGGGUGGUCUAUAUCUCGUGUAACGUACACACGCAAGCAAGGGAUAUCGGAUAUUUGUUGAAGCACGAGAAGGGGAAGGGCAAGUGGAGGGUUGAUAGUAUUCGGGGGUUUGAUUUGUUCCCGCAGACGCAUCAUGUUGAGACGAUUGCUGUUUUGACGCGGAUUGACGACGGGAAGGCGGAGGCGGAGGAGAGCGUAGAGGGCAAGGUGAAGGAGAGUGUGAAGAGAGAGAAGAGUCCGGAGGUGGAGGAGGCGGUUAAGAAGCAGAGAAUCCACGUCUAGAGUCCAGAGGAGAGAUGUAUAUGCACAAGGCAUGAAGUUACCGGAAUUCGCCCAUAGAACAUGGUGCAAUGAAAGGAGAUCCAUUCGAUCUAAAACAAUAUAAUCUAUAACCACGAUUUAC